AUGGUUCUGAAGCUGGCCCGGAGCAUCAUGGAUACCCUGACAGAAAAAGAGCUCAAAGAAGCGGCGAGUGUUCAUGUUAGUUAUUCGUCUGUAUGCUCACACAAUAAUGGCAUGUAAAUUGAAGAUUUUAUUCUACGAUGACACGAUGUGCUACACUCGGAAGCCGCUGAAGCCAAUGGAAAGAAAACAGUUUCGCAGUCGAUUGAAGGUAUUUUCACUUUUUUCCACUAAAAACUGAUCAGUUUGUUGUUCAGAAAGAGCAUAAAGAGAUAUUGGAGAAGUUGCUGAAAGUUCCGAUGCCUGAUGUCACUUUGUCUGAGUACAGUAGACAAAUCGAGAAACAGUACGAUAUUCCAUUCGAUAAGGUAUAAUGCCCAUCAAGCGAAUGGUUAUGAUAAAUUUUUUAUUUCAGGUUAGGAGCUUCUUUCAAUACGCGAAGAAGCAUGGGAAGAUCAUUUCAAGUCCGGAGUAG